AUGGCUUUAGGUGGUUGGUGCUUGUGGUGGUGCACCUUUGCGACGUUUCUGCCGUCGCAUCACGGCCUCCACCCGUGUUUGAGAGGAAUCUCUAUGAAUGUGAUUCUCCUGGAUGACGAGGACUCUCCCUGGAGCUUGAAAUUUGUCCGAGGGCAAAUAUUAAAGGCGUUGGAGACGGAAUCGGUGCCUGAAAACAGUAAGAAACUUUUACGAAAUUCACUUAUUUGUGUGUGUGUGUGUGUGUUUUUAAACUCUUUCAUGCACAAAUCUAGCCUUUUUUGGCACUCAUUGGUUGCCAUUGACGGUGCAAGACGUCCAAUUUUUUUCAAAGUCAACCUGACGGUCAUGUUCGGCGGUUUCAACACAACCUCCUAUCGACAAAAAGGCUGCCACAGUAGUGCAUGUGAAGGAGUGGCCGAGUUAACAAAUCUUGUGCAUUCAAACAGCCUGGGAUGCGCCGUGCUAGGCCCGACCUGCACUUACGCCACGUUCCCCCUGGUCGACGCCGAAAAAGGUUUGAAACUAAGCACGCCCAUCAUCUCGGCGGGCAGCUUCGGUCCGUCUUGCGACAAUACGCUCAACUUACAGCGCCUCCUGCCUCCGGCGCGUAAAAUCUCGGACUUUUUCGUCCACUUCUGGAAAGACAACAACGCCAUCAAGCCGGUGUGGGAGACUGUUUACGUGUAUAAAAUGCAGCAUAACUCCGAGGAAUGCUUCUGGUACAUAAAUGCACUGGAAUCAGCACCGCACAUGUUCGCUCAGAGUGUGAAAAGAACGAUGCUUCGAAAACCAGAAGACCUCAAAACAGUCUUGUCGUCGCGCACAAAUAGGACAAGCAACUUAUUCAUCAUGUGCGGUUCUGUUAAUCACGUCAUGGAUGUGAAGAAUCUCUCAACCGAAGCGGACAGUAAUGAGAUUCUCUUCAUCCUUAUCGAUCUCUACAAUGAUCAAUACUACAAAAACAAAACAUCUCAUUCGUCCAUGAAGAACGUGUUAGUGCUCACCAUGCCCAACACCAGGAAUUACACCAUUGACUCCGACCCAAAAAGCAACAGUACAAUGAACGACUACAUGGCGGCGUACCACGACUCGGUGUUGCUGGUCAGUCAGGUGAUAAAGCAUAUACUUGACAAUCCUCAAUCCGAGGUUCAUCAGAGGCCAUACGUUUCUGUGAAUUAUCUUCGGAACAUCUCUUUUAACGGUAUCGCAGGGAACUAUCGGCUCGACAAGCACGGAGACAGAGAUGUCAACCUGUCCAUCAUUUACACCACAAAUUAUAACGAGUAUCGCAUCCUAUUCGAGUUUGACACAGAACAUAACCUUACCACGCUGGUUGAGGAUGACCCCUCCUUUGUCUGGGGGGCAAGACUUCCCAAUUUCAAGCCAGACGACGAGGCUCCGUCACUUGACAUUGUCGUCGUCAUCUUGGGUUUGAUUGUGGUGGUGGUGGGCAUCGUCGCUUUUGUCUUCUACAGACAAAACAGGAGAGAUCGUCGACUGAGGAGAGGAAGCUCCAUUUCCCAUAUUCCCUCCGACCUUCUAACUCUGCUGGAGGACAACACACAUAACCAAGUUUCUCUGAAGAUUGAAGAGAGGAAAAAAGUUUACAAGAUCCGCCGAGCACUCUACGAUAAGAAGAUUGUGAUCCUGAAAGAACUCAACCACUCGGACGGAAACUUCAACGAGACUCAGAAAGAGGAACUUCACGCGCUCCUGCAAGUCGACUAUUACAACUUGACCAAGUUCUACGGCACUGUCAAGUUGGAUCAGGGCGUGUUUGGGGUGUUUGAGUAUGGUGAGCGGGGGUCACUUAGGUAUGUGCUGAAUGACAAGGUGUCCUAUCCGGACGAGACGUUUAUGGACUGGGAAUUCAAGAUCUCCGUCAUGUAUGACAUUGCCAAGGGCAUGUCCUACCUCCACACCAGUGACAUCCAGGUGCACGGUCGCCUCAAGUCCACCAACUGUGUGAUGGACAACCGCAUGGUGGUGAAAAUCACCGAUUUCGGCUGCAACUCUUUUCUCAAACCUGGCAGAGACUUGUGGACGGCGCCCGAGCACUUGAGGAAACAGGGCACCUCGCAAAAAGGGGACGUAUACAGUUUCGCCAUCAUCGCUCACGAGAUAGUGCUCAGGAAAUCCACUUUCUACACUGAGUGCUGCUCUGACCGUGCAGAAAAGGUAUCAAGGGUUAUCAUGUCCUACUUCAGACCUGAUCUGGACUUUGACACAGCUUCCGAGAAAGAACUUGAGGUGUACACGUUGAUAAAAAGUUGUUGGGAUGAGGAUGCUGAGAAACGACCCGAUUUCAAGAAGAUAGAAGGCUGUUUAGGGAAAAUCAUCAGUAAAAUUCACAAGGACAAUGAAAGCUACAUGGACAACAUGAUCCGUCGGCUACAGAUGUAUUCCAAAAACCUGGAGCACCUGGUGGGGGAGAGAACGGCCCUUUACAAAAUGGAGAGGGACCGAGCGGACCUUCUCAACUUCAUGCUUCUUCCACGCCCUGUGGUGAAGAGCCUGAAGGAGACGGGUGCAGUGGAGCCUGAGCUGUACGACGAGGUGACUAUUUAUUUCAGCGACAUCGUGGGCUUCACCACGUUGUGCCAGUACAGCACGCCUAUGGAGGUGGUGGACAUGCUCAACGACAUCUACAACGGCUUCGACAGCAUCCUCGACCACCAUGAUGUCUACAAGGUGGAGACGAUAGGCGACGCCUACAUGGUGGCGUCCGGUCUACCAAACCGUAACGGCAACAGGCACGCGGUGGACAUCUGCCGCAUGGCUCUGGACAUUUUGGCCUUCAUGGGGACCUUCCAGCUCCGACACCUGCCCGGAAUUCCAGUUUGGAUACGUAUCGGCGUGCACUCAGGUCUAUGCGCGGCAGGCGUGGUCGGCGUCAAGAUGCCCAGAUACUGUUUAUUCGGUGACACGGUCAACACGGCGUCUCGAAUGGAGUCUACGGGACAUCCCCUGAGGAUCCACGUCAGUCAGCCUACUAUAAAUAUCCUGACCAGGACAGAUUGCAAGUUUGAGUACGAGUGCAGAGGUGAAACAUAUCUAAAGGGUAAAGGAACAGAGACCACCUACUGGUUGACCGGUGAGACGGGUGAAGACUACGACCUACCAACCCCACCCACAACGGAGAACUUCCAGCGGUUGCAGCAGGACCUGGCCCACAUGAUCCUGGAAUGUCUGGAGCGGCGUUCCCGGGGGUCCGUGCGCCGAAAAAGGCCGCUUUUAAGUCAGAGCGAAGAUGAGGACAAGAGGCGAGGAUCAGAAGCGGAACCCCCGGAAUACUUACAUCUGGCCACUGUGGAUAACACACUUAGCACCUUCCUGUAGGACAAACUUGUGUUUGAAUAACAUCUUCAGUGAAAGACUUUUGAACAAGUAAAAAAUUGAUGUCGUUGUUUUUAUUUAUGCACUUAGCCGUUAUGAUAAGGUAGGUUUAUCCUUAUUACCGUAAUUUUCGCAUUAUAAGGCGCACCUGAACAUAAGCCGCCACCUACCAAAUUUGAUGCAAAAACGACAUUUGUUCAUAGAUAAGCCGCACUAGACUAUAAGCCGCAGCUGUCCUCACUGUAUUAUGGCAUAUUUACACCAAAAGAUAUCAACCGGAAACACUUUAUUUGACAGCGGCAUCAUACGACUGUCAUAGGACCAAAUGAACCACCAUGCAGCCAAAUGGUUCAAAGCUUAACUGCUUCAAGAAGCUUCAUUUAGUCAUCACUGCUCCCUUUGGGGAGACAGUCAACCUCUGCUGCCACCUGCUGUCAACAUUGUUGUCAUCCAACAUGCCUCCUAUCAUGCAUUGCAGCGCAACAGAUGUAAAUAACAAUGAAAAUUCAUGUUCUGUGCUACUUAUUUCUUCAGUUACUGUUCUAGUUGUUUCAUUAAUUGCUACUUAUGGUAUUUGGUAACACUUUAUUUGACAGUGGUGCCAUAAGACUCAUUAGACAAUCAUAAUUAUGACAUAAAACUGUCAUGAGUAUUAAUGAAUGCUAUUAACAUGUCAUAUAGUGUUAUGCGACAAAUUAUCUCACUUUUGAAUGGAUGUAAAAGAUCCGAGCUGGACAUAAAUGGAGUCAGUGACAUAAUUUGCCGGAUGACACUUAACGACAUCUGUCAUAAGCAUUCAGUAGUGCCCAUGAUAGUGUCAUGUCAUAAUUAUGACAGUCUUAUGAUGCUGCUGUCAAAUAAAGUCUUACCUAUUAACCCAAAUAAAUCAAGAAAUAAACUGCACUGUACUAUAAGCCGCAGGAUUCAAAAUGAAGGAAAAAAGUAGCGGCUUAUAGUCCGAAAAUUACGGUAUUCAGGAGAUCGCUGAGCUAAAGCACAUCCCAUCUGACUUUAGGAAAAAGGACAAUUUGAGCCAGUCAAUCACAGGGCACAAAUGUAGACACUAGACCAGGGGUCGGCAACCCAAAAUGUUGAUAUAGCCAAAUUGGAGCCAAAAAAAAAAAAAAAAAAAAACAAUUAUGUCUGGAGCCACAAAAAAAAUUGAAAGCCUUAUAAUAAAGGCAACACAUGCCGUUUGAGGUUUUUGCCUUGCUGUCUGAUUGCUGUCGACUUGGAAUAAAUUGUCAACUUGUGUUUCAAAGACUUUUUUUCAGCUUUUAAAAGGGGUUAAAACUAAGGCGAAUGCGCAGAAUUUGGCCGGGUGGUUGGGGUUGCGCCAGCCCGGGUCAUUGGAAUUGCGCUAGCGCGGUUCCGGCAAUUUAGCUGGCAUGAUUCCAGCAAUGUGGCUACAAGGUCAAAUUCCAACAUGUGGGAACUUGUCUCACGCUACCUGCAAUAGGUGAGUAAACAAUACCAUCAGAACAUUAAUACAGUGGGGCAAAUAAGUAUUUAGCCAACCCCCAAUUUUGCAAGUUCUCCU